AUGAGUACAAACUUGAUGGAAAGAAGCGAAAACUUUAAAAAAAUAGCCGACAAAUUGAAUGAUAGGAAGACUUCCCAACAGAUCUCACAUGCUAUCAAGGAAUGAUUAAUCCAACACUUGAACCCAUUUAAAAUGAUACAGUAGUUCAUAUCUUGUGUUGUGACUAAUACACUUCUGACGAUGUGCGAUCCGCAAACAUAACAGACAUGACGGCUUUUCAAAGACUCGCUAAAUUUCUUACUGUCCACGAGUAACAACUGCUAUAAAUCAAAUGAUUGACAUUAAUUAAUGGAAUAAUAGUAAUAAUCUUUUCUCUAGACAACCUUGGAGUAGCUAUAAAUGUGUGUAGACAUUAUCACCAUUGUGGUGUUUAGUCGCCGUGACAAUUACGAUUUGGUCUCAGUCUGGUAAAUAUUGGUAUUGGUAUGUGGAAAUUACCAGUGCUGUUUAUGUAAGACUAAUUUUUGUGUGACAAUUCACAAUCUGUUGUAGGAGUUGGGUGGCACUUGUUUAUCUGACAGAAUAACUAGAGUCUGUGUGCCAUGGACAUCCACAAAUCUGUCCCGCCAAGAGACUGGCACGUGACCACUGUGACCAGCGUCUCGCGACAAGCUAGAGAUGGUGCGUGUGGCGAACUCUCCUGUCAACCUCGGCAAGAGUUUCACUCCAAGUCCCACAAUGCCUCUCACGCCCUGCUCUUGGCCUCGUUGGCUGACGGCGGCUUCCGUACAGGUCAGGCGCAUGCUGACGUCACAUCCGGAACUGGCGCUUUGUGCGGGUGGCAAGCCCGGGGGAAGGACAGGAAGCGGAAUAUAGAACAGAAGGCAGCCAGGACAGAGAAGCAGCAACAGAGGAACGGCAGGAUCAGCAAGGGGGCGGGGCUGUCGUCGGGUGACAACGGGGACAUUAAUGACAACUUCGUGUUCCAUCAUUACGAGGACUACCACCUGCACAUGCAGCACUACCGCUACCACCACACCGUGAGCCACGCUGGCCGCGCAUGCGCCGACCUUUUACACUCGGAUGAUACACUCCAGUCGACUUCCGGCUUGAACACAGCACAAGAGCAAAGCAGGAAACCAGCACACACCCCGGCACGCCCUGCAGCUACUGCAACGCUUCCAGAAAUCAAAACGAGCAAAACCACCACCACCGCCACAGCCACCGCCACCACCACCAUCACCAGCAUCACAGUCUCCACCACGACCCCCACUACGGUCACUACCCCGUUCGUCCUUGCGCGUGCUCCCUCGUGCCUGACCGAGGCUCUGCUACUGAGCUGUGCUGACGUCAGUCUUUCCCAGACGCCAGCACCGCGAGCAGUGACGCCACCAGCGAUUUUGACGUCAUCGCCACACCGCCGCGGAGUGUCCAGGUCGUGGAGUCAGUCGUGGGGUCAGUACCAGAAGUUCUGCCGCCUGCGGGAAGCGCUGACCCACCGGCAGAGGAGGCGCGAGGCAGUCAGGUGCCGGCAUGUCGCACACGUUCCUCGGGCUGGCGAUGACAAGGGAGACAACGUAGAAAGAGACGAUAACUCUGAUAUCACAAAGAUUUCCCAGGACAAGGGGGAAGAUGGAGCCUUGCUCGGCAUGAAGAAAGACUUUCAGAAAGUUAUGGAAGAACCAGUCUUCGGAUUUGCAAACGACUUGAUGCAAAACUCGGAGCUGCGUUUUUAUUCUACAGGAGAUGGUCGGUGUCAGUGUCAACUGCUUCGGUGCAUCGUCUCACAAGCGAAGAGACAGACGGCGGGUGAUCAGAGUACACCAGCGUCUCCACAACACAGUCCUCAUCCAGUAGAUGAUGCCAGGGCUGUUCACCCAGUUUCACACACAGACAAAUGGGAUUAUCAAGACUGCAUUAGCUUCCAGCAUCAAAAUUCACCUGAUAACAUUUGGUCAAUAGGUCUUCCAGAAGACUCAAAUGUACCCGAGACAGGUAGCAAAAAUGUCUCAUUCGAAUUUGCCGAACUGACUGGUUAUGAAGGGAAAUCAGCCAGCGGUCACUCAGGUUCUGCCCGUACGAGAGAGAAUGAUCUGUGGAUCGCAGGUCAUGGGACGCACGCCAAUAGAUUUUCUGAAAUCAACUGGUUCUCGAAGGAGAAAAAAAGGUUAGGACCCAAGCCAUCGCCGGAUGGAACACAUGACAAAAACGAGAAUCCAGAUAAAAAGUUGGAGCUAGAGUUAGGUUCUGAUAAAUCUGCUAGCAAUCGCAGGAGUAUCAUUUGUCAAAUCUUUCAGGGCGAUGAGAGCGCUACAGACGACAAACAAGCGGCUCUUGAAAAAAAUGCAUCAAAUCCAAAGAAGAUGGUUGCAGCUGCUUGUAAUAGGUGGAAGCAUGAUGGUCCGAUCAGGAAGUCCGCAGUGAAGUCAGUGAUGAGGUUGUCUUCCACGAACAUCUCGGAUUGUCCAGUUGCUGCUGUCACUUCCGGUGACGCCCACCCCACGUUGACGAAUAGCACCUUAAUAAGAUGUGCACUGGAACGUACUGCGAGUUUGCCUCCAAGACUCUGCGCCAAUAAAACCCAUGAGGUGGAUGCCUGUACCAAUGCAGAGAAAUUGUCUUCACCUAUUAAAGCGAGAUUCAUUUUACCAAACAAGCAUGUAGUUGGUGCUUCACGAAAGAUCUGUUCGUCUACCCGCAAAUCUCUCUCUACCAAUCCUUUCAUCUCAUCGCCGGCCGUGGAUAAAUCUGUCGUGCCCAAGGCGCUCUUACACAUGCCUGUCAAGAAUGGUUCCUCGCCUUCCACAGGUGAAUGUAGUUUGCCGAAACUCGAGUUGAACGUGCGUGCAUCUUACAUCGUACCUGGGACAACAACAUCCACGCCCGACCCACUGCUAAUCUCACCCUUGUGCCUGCAUACGCCAAAGACGCCGAUGAGGUCGAGGUCCUCUCUCAACUUCCGGCUCAAUUCUGAAAGAAGGAGGCUUGUUUUGGGUGCUGUCAAGGCUCCAGUCGUGCGUCGGCCCUUGGUUUUAAAAAGUACCCCUAGUCUAGAAAACUCACCGCGAUCGGGUGCUAUUUGCUAUUUCUCAUUAACCCCGAGCAGACAGACAAAGACACAAAGGAGGCCAGAACUUGGAAUGGAGAGUGUUAUUCGUCGCCAUUGAAAACUUCUCGCACAGAAAAACGAGACAUUGCCAUGGGGAGUCGGUCAAAAAAAGUAAAGUGAGGGUCUGUGCAGAGUUGAAGCCGUUGUCUGGUCGCCAGGGAAGCAAACUUAAUUAGUUUUCUCUCCUCGCUGCGCCCCCAACACACUUCCCACGACCGUCGUCACGAAGAAGGCUUCUCUGUGUGGGGGACUGCACACACACACCCUCAAUCAACGGGGGACCUAGAGAGAGCGUGAGACCGAGCGAGGUCGGAGAACUUGAUGAUCAAAAACUUCAAGCAGGUGAUAGCAUCUGAGCAAGAGAUCAGUGAAGGAGACAGCAGAAAGAAAGUUUCAGCUCAUGGAUAUCCUUAAGUUUCCAGCAGAUGUUGCAGAGUGUAUGUCAAUUUUUUUUUGUUUUUUUUUUGUUUGAAGCCUUCACAGAUGUAAAGAUUUCUUAAAAUAUUGUCACAGCCUGGACUCGAGGUCAUUAAAUCUUUCUCUGGGUAUCGGCAGACAUGUAUGCAUCUUCAUCUGCACUGUCUUUGGCUGAGCUUUCUGCACCGUCUGACCUACACCUCCAAUCCUAUGUUGUUUUGUUUGUUUGCCAUAGACAACAUACCCGUAAUGCCAGGUCUAGCUUUCAUCACGACAGUUGUCGUUCGUACUGUCCUGUAUGACAGUUCUGUGUGGUCACCAUGUCCCGCACACUGGUGUCACUCUCUGUAACUAGCUGCACGUGCUGCACGUGAUGUGUCGGUCCGUCUGAUGUCAGACAUAGGCACUAGAUAAAUGUGGGGGACACCAACACUUCACUAGUGGGUAUAGGUCACGUGACUUACUUCACACUCCGAACUCUGUGAAUGAAAUUUGAUAUCAAUGGUCCUGCAACAAAAAGCACCUUCGGCCUACACAGGGGUUAGGGAAAUGAAUGUUGAGAUUCGGUCGUAGUGGUAGCUUGAUGUUAUCUGUCUAGUGGUGACUUUUAUUUUUAUUUGUUUAUUUUUUGUGGAUAGUUUUGGAACUAGAUAGAGUGGAAAAAUGUGUUGUGCAGUGGACGGGGAAAAAAAUCUGCGGGGUAUAUACAUCCUCCGAAAAGAUUUGGACCAAAGUGCUAGAAGACCAGUUAUUCCUGCUAUUAUGGCGGUUUCUGAAGUAUUCUUGAAGUUUUUAU